AUGAUGAAGCGCUUGAUGAUGAAAUUAUCAAUAGGUUAAUCAGAUCCUUAAAGAUACCUCUUCCAAGUUUGCAAAAUCCACCAUCCCAAAAAGAAAUCUUGUUUCCAGCUCGAAUUAUCAGUCUUAUAGCGAAGCAAAUGUGGAAAUAUGGGUUUAUAAAAGAGUCUGAAAGACUAUUUGCGAAUGUUAUGAAAACCAUUCAAGAACAUGUUAUGGAUUUUGAGGGUGAUGAUGCAAUUCUUCCAGGAGCAUAUUGGCUUUCUAACGUGCACGAAUUAUUAUCAUUUGCUAAUGCUGCUGAGAAAGAUAUGUUACGUGGAGUUGAUCUAGUAUCCGAUUCGAGUAGAAAUUUUGAAUGGCAUGAUUACGAAAGACUUGUGUCAAUUGUUAAACACGAUUUGGAAAGUUUAGAGUACAAUAUAUAUCAUACAUGGAUGAAAGAAUUAAAGAAACGAUUAUAUAAAAUGGUCAUUCCUGCUGUAAUCGAAAGUCAAUCAUUACCAGGCUUUAUAACGAGUGAAAGUAAUCGAUUUAUUACAAAAUUCAUAACUGGACCUACAGGACCAGCUUUCAGCAUGGAUGACCUUCUCAAUUUCUUAAACAAAGUUUGGAAAGCGAUGAAGUCAUAUUAUGUAGAAAUGUCUAUUAUUCAGCAAGUUGUUACGGAAUUAUUGAAACUUAUUGGGGUAACAUCAUUUAACGACUUGCUAAUGAGGCGUAAUUUCUGCUCUUGGAAACGAG